CUAAGUGAUAACGCAGCCGUUCAGUGAAUGUCACAAUGUUUUUACUGUCGCUAGUCGGGUUCUGUGUCAUCCUUUACUAUAUAGUACAGUUUUGUAUAUUCUACUACUUGGAUUCGGACUUUGAGUUGUACCUAUUAUCAAAGCUGGGCAAGCCUAUUAGUUCGCUCAAGGGAAAAGUCGUUUGGAUUACGGGUGCAUCCAGUGGAAUCGGUCGUGAUUUGGCGCUGAUUCUGGCAAAACAUGGCGUCCGAUUGUGUCUAUCGUCACGCAAAGUAUCCGAUCUGAUGAAAGUAAAACAAGAAUGUUUAACGGCGUCGGCAGGAAGUUUGCAAUCGAACAACAUUUUAGUGAUGCAGAUGGACAUGCUGGAGAUCGACGAUCAUCAGAAGUAUUUUGAUAAAGUGAUUGACCACUUUAAGACGUUGGAUGUCCUGGUCAACAACGCAGGCCGUUCGCAACGCGCCGAAUGGAACACUAUUCAGCUUAAAGUAGACCGAGAACUGUUCGAGCUGGACGUUUUUGCCGUCGUAAAUCUGUCCCGAUUGGCACUGAACUAUUUCAUUGAAAACUCUGUGAAAGGUCAUAUCGCCGUUACAAGCAGCAUUACAGGACUGGUCGCUUUUCCCAACUCGGCCACCUACACGGCAGCGAAACAUGCUUUGCACGGAUAUUUCGAAACUCUACAAAAUGAAGCACUCGGAGUGGAUGCCACCAUUUUUUGCCCAGGCCCAACUGCUACCAAUUUCCUACAGGAAUGUUUUACUAACACCCCGGGAGAGAAAUUCAACAAACCAGUCGGUACGGAUGACAAACGUCUGACCAGCGAGCGAUGCGCCGAGCUUUAUGCAAUUGCUUUAGCCAAUCGUACACCCUUUAGCUGGGCAGGAACUCGUCCGAUGAAUUUCAUCUUCUACAUUGGAUGUUACUAUCCGAAUGUUAGACGAUUCUUGAUCAAUGUGCUUGGCAUUGCUAACAUCGAUAAUCUGCGAAAUGGUCGUCCGCUUGGAGCUAGAUGAGGAGAUUGCUCAACGCAGGAAUACUUGGAUGUAUUUGUUUUAGUUCAUUAAGCUUGAGAUUUGUGUUUUUAAUAUCGACCAUUAAGAGCAAAUAACGAAAGUUUAAUUUUCCAAGCAUGACCGACAUUUAUAUUCAUCUUUAAUGCCUUGACAACACUUGCUGUAAAAAGAAAAAUGAAACUUUUAGAUUCAAACACUCAGUCAUAUAUUAUUUGUAGAGUAUGUGUAAAGGUGUAAAUUUCGAAAACUAUGUUAUACUUUAUUGUGAACUGUAUUA